GGGAAGUAUUGCAAGUCAGUGGGAGGUUGGUAGAAGCCAUAUUGUCUGUCUGUGUUGAAGAGUGUUAGUUUGUUUCCAAAUAAAAUAAGGAAAUUAGCAACAGGCCAUCUUAUUCUUCGUUACAUUAGAAAUCUCGCUGAAAAAUGAAUCCCGAGUAUGAUUACCUCUUCAAGCUGCUCCUUAUUGGAGAUUCCGGAGUGGGGAAGUCAUGCUUGCUUCUACGGUUUGCUGAUGACACAUACACAGAAAGUUACAUCAGUACUAUUGGAGUAGAUUUUAAAAUCAGAACCAUAGAUUUGGACGGGAAGACAAUUAAGCUACAGAUAUGGGACACAGCGGGACAGGAACGGUUCAGAACCAUCACGUCCAGCUACUACCGAGGAGCCCAUGGAAUCAUCGUAGUGUACGACUGCACGGAUCUCGAGUCUUUCAACAACCUCAAGCAGUGGCUGGAGGAAAUCGACCGAUACGCAUGUGAAAACGUUAACAAACUAUUAGUGGGAAACAAAUGCGACCUCACGUUAAAAAAAGCUGUAGACCAACAAACAGCCAAGGAAUAUGCUGACCAGCUGGGAAUCCCAUUCUUAGAAACGUCAGCAAAAAGUGCGAUGAAUGUGGAGCAGGCGUUUAUGACGAUGGCAACCGAGAUAAAGAAAAGAGUUGGACCUCCAUCAUCUGCCGCAGACUCGGGCAAGGGUGUCAAGAUCGACCAGGGCAAGCCUAUCGAGACAACCAAAACUGGGUGCUGUUGAAAAACGGCUUCAUCCAUAAUUCGAAAUAAGUAUGGAUGGUCGCCAGCUUCAUCGAUUCUCCAUAAUGCUAUGCCAUACGCAUGGCACGGACCGAUUAUGGACAUUGUACAUACAUAUAUUAUAAUUGCCUAAUGGAGUUUAUGGUUUUGUCAGAUAUUAAAGACUUUGUAAUUUACUUGUGCAAAAUUUAGUUAAGAGCGAAAUGAACUCUUCAAGCACCUUACUUAAUCGAAUUAGCCUUAUUUUGCCGACUAUAGAUGUUAUCACAGAAGGUUAUUUUGAAUGAGUGCUUGAUUUAAAUUAGUUGUGUAAUAAUAGAAAUUAUACUAUAUAUAAUUUACAUUAAAGUUUCUAAAAUUAUAAAUAUUUACUAUGUAUUCUAUUGUAUUUACUCCAUCCCAUUUAAUAAGUUAUUGUAAGUUUAUAAGCAUCAAAUAAUUUUAUCACUGUAUUAUUACCAUACCAAAACUAAUUCAACAUUUUAUUAUUGAUCCUAGACUAUUGUUGACACAUUCUUUUAGUCUUUCUAACAAAGACUGUUGUUUUCUAUCUAGCUUGCGAAUUUCAUAGCAGCUAAUAUUUAGUACAGUUGCUUAAGUUUGUUAUUUUUUCACAUUCCAGUAUUGUGUUAAAUAUGUAUUUUAUGUAAAUGUUGUCUGCAAAUAAACUAGUGUUUUGCUUACA